GGCACUAAUACACACCAAGUGAAUCAAUAAUUUAGCAAAAAAAGUAGUACUAAUUAGCGAAUUAAUUGCUUUGUGAGUUCAAUGGCUGGGCUAAAGUUUGCUUGCGUGGUUGCGAUUAUGUGCAUGGUGGUAGUGAGCGCACCCAUGGCAGAGGCAACAAUCACAUGCGGUCAAGUGACGUCAGCCCUAAGUUCAUGCAUACCUUACAUUCAGAAAGGCGGAGUACCGUCCAAACCCUGCUGCAGCGGAGUGAGUCAACUGAAUAACGCUGCCAAGACCACCGCCGACCGCCAGGCCGCAUGCAACUGUUUGAAAAACGCUGCAAAGGGUCUUGGGAAUAAUUUCAAUGCCAACAACGCUGCUUCUCUCCCAGGCAAAUGUGGCGUUAGCAUCCCCUACAAGAUCAGCACCACCACUAACUGCGCCACCAUCAAGUUCUGAAGAGGAUGUGUCGAGAAUGCAGAGCAUUGGUAACUCCUCACUAGUAUGAGAGUGGCCUUAAUAAUAUUGGGAAUAAGAGUGAGGUGACGAGGGCUUCACUUAUGCCCCUCUCCUCUUGUACGAGAUUUGUAUUCCAUAGUUUUCAAUUAUGUUUACUUUGUUGUUUCCUUCUAUAUAUGAGUUAGAAAAUAAUAGUAGUACUCUAUUUUAAUAUUGGGUUCUCCCAA